AUGAGUUUCAAAGUGUAUAUCAACCAAGGCGAAUGGGCCCAGAUCUGUGCUUGGGUUUUAAAGCACAAGAAGAUUGAAACUGGUGGAGAUCUGUUCGGAUUAUGGCUCGAUGAACAAACUGCUGUUGUUCAGUUUGUGCUUGGUCCUGGCGAAAAAUGUGAGAGGACUACCACAUCAUUCUUUCAGGUAAAAUUGUUAAUAUAACCGCUGUACAACAAUAUGGAAUAGUCUACAAUUACACUUGAAAAUAGCCCGAUUUCAUCAUACGCUAGUUUAUCCGUCUUCUCGAACUUAGCAAUAUAAAGAAAAGAUAUACAGUAGUUCGUCUGAUAUUUCAUCUCUGCAAAUUCUGCAUAGUUCACAGACGAACUUGCGGCGUAUACGCAGUCCAUCUUUAGGGAUGAUCAAUGUAUACGUGUACUGUAUAAAUACGGCAUAUUAAGACACAUAGUACGAACUAUAAAGAGGAAUCGAUGCUUUGUAACCAUGCAUAGGCUGAUAGGCAUAAGCCGGGUCUACACUAUCAACGUUUCUGUGUAAGGACGAAUUUUGCAUAGGGAAAUUCAACGUUCUGAAGGAUUCGUAAGAAAUGUUUGAGGAAACUGAGUAAGUGUUAACACACCGAGUCAGUUCUCUCAAACAUAUCUUACAAAUCCUUCAAAACGUUGAAUCUACAGAUGCAAAAUUCCUACUGUGAUCACAGAAACUUUGAUAGUGUAAACCAGGCUUUAGUUAGUGAAUUUUCACAACCGCAAACCAAGAUAGAAUGGUUUGUUUAAGGACUAUUGCCAGUGAAGAUCGCGCUAUUUCAGCUAUUUUGUCUUGUGUUGACACAACAAAGGCAUGAUGCGUCUUGGCUGAUGAUCCGUGUCCAGUGUAAAUGAAAUCAAGACCUAUUUAUUUAAAAAAAGUUAGUCAUCAGGUAUUUCUUAUUUAUUUUAACCCAUGCCAAUAUACUGUACUGUUCAUUGAAGUUUUUAUUGACCCACUUACAGGAUGUGGACUAUCUACACGAAGCUGGAACGUACUUGACUAAACACCAUGGCAUUUGCAAUGUAGGCCAGUGGCACUCGCAUCAUAAAAUAAACCUCUUCAAACCAAGUGUGGGAGAUGAGAAUACUAUAUGGAGCAAUAUGCCCAACUUGGGAUUGGAUAGAUAUAUUGUCUUUAUUGCAAAUAUAGCUAACGAAGUGACAAUUAACUGUUUUUGUUUCAAAUAAAAAAGGGAAAGCAACUUCCGGUUAAACAUGGAGAAUUUGAAUUUCUUGAUGGGAACAGUCCUCUGCGUCUGAACGAAAAAGUUUUGCAAAAUGUCCAUAGCGGGGCAGAGCCAGGGAGCUUCAAUCAGAUAACCAGGUUUGGAAAGGAAAAGAAGUAUAUACGAAACGAAGAGGCGAUAGAAAAUCUCGAUAUUUCCAAUGAAAAUGAAACAAGCAGUUACACACUAGGAAAUAGAGUGCAGCACGUUACAAGUGUUCCCAGUGAAGAACAGAAACAUACGAAUCGUACGGCUGGUAAAAAGACAUUUGAAAACAAUACCACAAGUAACGUUGGCACUGUUCAAAACACAAGCCAGCCAAUAAGACACGAGAGACAUUUUAAUCCACAGCAUGUCCAGACGGCAACGCCUUCACGUGACAACGAAGGACAGUUAAGCAACACUGCCGAACGUUCCACGCAAUUGAGCGGACAGCAAAAGAACGCGGUCGUUAGGGUGACAAGCUCUGAAACACCAAUACUAGAAACAACAAAUAACCAAAAAUCUAAUUUGGUUCGUGCAGUUCCGCCUAAUUUUAACAAUUGGAAACACACCAACUUUGGCAGGGGUAGCAUGACUUCAACUACCCAUGGAACCGAUCAAGAAUAUCGCAGUGAUGCGAAUAGAGCUUUUAACUCGGCAGAAUCGAACUUGAGAGCAAAACAGACGGGACACAAUCCUGCAACAGGUAACACAUUUGAAACAGAAAAAAUAUGCGUUGCAAGACAAGUAACAGCCAUAAAUCAAGUUAACAAACAAGAUAUUUCAAAUCAACAAGGCCUAUUAUCGCUGGAUCAACAAAAAACCUUGGAUCAAGUCAGCCAUGGAACCACGAAAGCGACGUAUGCCAGCCAGAAAUGUGCACACACAACGGUUACAUAUGAUGGUGGUCACCAGACAGUAGUCAUACAUCAACCUGGUGCAUAUGCCCGUAGAGACAGUGAUUAUGAUAAUGUUGAAAAGACAGAGCCAACAGCGACACCUAUGGAUAUAGACAAAACUCAAACCACUAUCACAGGGCAUGACGUAAAGAGACCAGAUACGCCUUCAGGAACAAUACAAAACAUUGCAAGUAAUGAUCAGGUUGCUGACUCGGAUGGUGAUGAGAUGAUGUGUCUAUGUGGACUGUUUAAAAAGAUGAAAAUAAGUGACAAUGAUAAGUGA